AAUGCUUAUCAAGCCGAAAAAAGCGGAGGAAUGUGAAGCAUUUCCACCAAGAGUCCAGUGAUAAAUCUAUUUUCUCAUUUCUGUGGAGUUUCAGUGAUUGUCACUCGAAACGGAGAGAUUCUCAGGCGCAAUGAGUCUAAGAGAGUGCCGAGACCUGAGAAUACGUGUCAUCACGUACAACGUGGCCUCGACAUACCCGAUAGAAGAUCUGCGGGAGCUCCUUGGAGUAAAACCACCGUUUGAAUUGGAGAAUCUCCCCAAUAUCUACGCGAUCGGGUUGCAGGAGGUCAGCGUGAAACCUGCGAAUUUGGUCAAUCAGACUAUUUUCGAAGAACCCUGGAUCACCUGCUUGCGCUCAGAGCUCAAAUCCCUAGGGUAUAUCAAGCUCAUAAGCUACAAACUGCAGGGAUUGGUCCUCAUAAUUUUCGUGAGGCGAGCCGAGCUCUUUCACUAUCGAGAUAUCACUCCGUCCUACGUGCGAACGGGGCUUGGCGGAAUGUGGGGCAACAAGGGAGCGACUGUGGUGUCAUUGAAAGCCUUCGGGAACUCGAUUUGUUUCGUGAACUCGCAUCUGGCGGCUCAUGAUCACGGUUAUUACAAGAGGGUCCAGGAGUACACGGACGUCUUGAGAUCGCAAACUUUCGAGGGUGAAGCGUGCAAUAUAAUCGCUCACGACUACUCGUUCUGGUUUGGAGACUUGAAUUUCCGGUUGAACGACGUGACCUUAGAGCAGCUAAAGAACGCCAUACAGGAUGACACGAUUAUGGCGAUGUUCAAACAUGACCAGCUCACGCGGGCUCAACGCGCCGGGGAAGCAUUCGAAGAGUUCCAGGAGGAGGAAAUCACAUUCAGACCCACGUUCAAGUUCCAGCAGGAUACGGCGUAUUAUAAACUAACCUCCCGGAAACCCGCGUGGACGGAUAGGAUCCUCUACCGCUGUACAGAAGAGGCUUAUAAGUCCUGCAGACUAAGUUUGAAAGUAGACGACUAUCGGUCUCACGAGUCGUAUCUACACAGUGAUCACAAACCGGUAUCAGCGAUUUUUACCAUCAAAGUUUUCGACGCGGGGCUACCCAAGGAUAAGAUUUAUUUCUACGAUCUGGAGGACUGGUCUGUAAAUACGGGUUUUGGAACGUGGUUCUGUUGUGAUGAUUCUGAGACGCCUCAGAGAAGCGAUUGGAUCGGCCUCUUCCAAGCAGACUUCACGUCGAUUGACCAAUAUGUAGGCUACAUAUGGGUUGAGACACAGCCCGCGGACAGACCACCGAUGGAUGGAGACGAAACAGAUUUCCCGGUCAAUCGACGGACCUAUUACCAAUCUUUCUGCGACCAAAUGUUCGUUCCACCGGGAGACUACGUAUUGAUCUAUUUUCGCGGCACCUGUGAUGUUCUAGGAAUCAGUCAAUCUUUCAAGAUCGUGGACUCCGUGGGGUCCUAGAGAAUGGAAAUGGCAGACUCACCCGACAGCUGAAUCGUUGCAUAUCACUGACGUUGCUAGUUCGUAUCUUGCUGAGACGCGAAGCGUCCCCAUCAAGUUUACGCGUUCGUUAUUGUUGACGUCGUUGUAAGUUUUGUACACCUCCUGAUUGUUCACAGAACACUGCUCAUAAGUUUUCGGCUCAGUAUUGGUCACGUGACAAUGUCGUCUCUUGGAAAUGACGGAUCUGCAGAGCGUCGAAACGGCAGACUCG